GGAGGAGAGGUGGGGUGCAUGAUCUCCAAGACAACUUGACUUGGAUGUUGGCAUUAAUUUGCGCCAUCUUGACUCGACCCUCACCCUCUACGCUUACAACUGUGAGGUUACUUGGGGAUCUUUAGAUACUAUAUCAUCAUGGCAGAACCUCUUCCAGCUGCGCUCAAAAUCCCUGAAGUCAGUCGCUUCAUCAAUCGCGCAAAUCAGCUGAGAAGCAUCAAGCCCGCCAUCGCAUACUGGUGUGAAUACCAUGCGGUAAACCAAAUCGUGGGCAAGAGCCUGCAUACCACCGACGACGAUACCUUUGAGUUCACAAAGACACUGAUCGAACGCCUCGAGGCAACCAAGACGGAACGAGCUGAUGAUGAUGCGAUCGUGGAUAACGCUGCGGGACAAGCUUAUGUUGAGCAAUUCGCUCAGCAGACGUUUGAACGAGCUGAGCGCACUAUGCGCGCUAACAAGGUGACGAGACAAACCGCCGACACAUUCGACGCUGCUGCGACGUUCUUCGACCUCACCCGCGAAUGGGGUGAGCCUGAUCCCGAAGUCGUCAAGAAGAUCAAAUUCGCCAAAUGGAACGCUGCUCGAAUCCUAAAGGCUAUUCGCGAGGGCAAGGAUCCCAACGAGACGAACCCCAAUGCCCCUGAGCCUGAACCAGAAGUUGCCCUCGAUCCCUCCGAUCCUGAAGUCCAACUCCUAUCUGGAGCCCCCCGCGCUUCGGUUGAGGAUGCACCAGAUGCCGGAGAACCACCUAGUGUUCCUACCUUCACGGAUGCGCCGCCUAGAAUUCCAGAUGACCCUGGGUAUUUCCCUCCUCAACCAGAGCACCAGCCCCAGGCGCCGGAGCCAUUCGUCCCAUCGCCUUUGAGUCAGAGUCCUACGCCAGGUCUAUCUGGCGGUCCUCCUCCUCCUCCACCCGUUGGUCUACCACCUGCUGUGUCUCCUGUGCCAGAGUCCCCAGCACAGCCUGCGACACAGAUCCCUCCUCAGCCAUCACCUCAAAUUCCGACCAAGCUUCCCUCACAAUUUGCUCCUCCCCCGCCUGAACCAUUCACCCCUCCAGCACCUCCAUCCUGGACAACAACUCCGAGCGCCCCUCAUCCUGCUGCGUCAAACCCCGCACCUGUGAUUCGUCAGGCCCCUGCUCCCCAGCCUCCAGCUCCAGCUCCAGCGCAGACUACCGGUUUUGCAACAGAUCAACGGGAUAUCAACCAGGCGCAGAAGCACGCCAAGUGGGCGAUAUCCGCACUUAACUUUGAAGAUGUUCCCACUGCGGUUCAGGAGCUGCGCAAUGCACUUAGAAUGCUUGGGGCUCAGUAAGACAGUUUGUUAGUGUUUUGGAUUCACGAAGCAUAGAUGAGAACGAUACCACGAGUUGAAAUAGCAUGAAAGAGCUACUAAAGUGUUCAUCUUAUGAAAAAGGCUAAGAGUGUAUGUGUUAUCUGCUGCAUACCAGUAUAAAAGUCCGCUACGUAAAUCUCAUUUGAGCCAAAGCUCUCCGUCGUGUGAAUCGUACACUUAGGCCAAAGCCAGUAAACCAUGAGCCUCAUAUCCGGGAUGAGGAAACCCUUCAGGAUAGCCCACCCUCUGGGUUUCAUCUUCUUCGUCAACAGAUGUGUCCGUCCAUCCUCUCUCAGGACCCCAUUCAAUGGCUAGGCCAGCUUCGUUGACGACGCCCAUGAGACCCUGCAUCAUAUCGCCAGACUUCUUGACACUAGUCCAACCGUCGAACUGGACGGUAUGAACGGAUGGCAGAGCCUCUAAGACAUCGGUAAGUAGAUUCCGGCUGAAGCCCUCGUAGAAUCCAUCUGAGCGACGCCAACCCUGGAAGAUGUUGUCGCUGGGGUCGCACUCCACAAACACGUUCAAGCGCUCAACAUCAACACAGUCGGAGAGCCCCAGCGCGGGGUUAACAACCCAUCCCCUGGGUGGCGCAUUCCAUCCCGGGCCAAGUCUUAACUCAAGCGACGUAACACACUUGCGCUGCUGUGGCUUCAACCUCGCCAGCAGAGGCUUCUUGCUCUUGAAGUAUUUUCCAGGGUACGUCGGAAACAAUCGAAACGUCCGUGUGCUAUAAAACGCAAAAGUCGCCUCAUCAUGAACCUGUCUGCAAACGCGCAUAAGACCUAGUUUCUUAUGCACGCGCUUAUAAUUCUGAGGACCGAGAUCUAAAAGCGUAUCGACAUCGUCGAAGAAGUAUGUGUAAAUCUGAAUGCGCACUUCGGCGGGAAGUGAGAGAAAGUGAAAAGGGGUUUUUGGGACUCGGCGUUUUGGGCGGAGAGGAAUGAGAGGGACGUCGAGGGUCAAGUCGGCGAUGUUGAUCUUGUUGACAUCUUCUUCUGUGACGGCGGGCGCAGGGUCUGCUGGAGGUGCGCUUUUGGUUGAAGGCAUCACGAUGCGUAUUGAGCCAGCUGGACGGGAGCUCAGCGCUGGGCGAGACGCUGAGCUCUUGCUCGAUCGUCGGGCCAUGGUGAGUGGUUGUGAGUAUUAAGUGGCAAAGAGGAGAAUUUCGACGAUAACGAGAAUUGAGGUGGGUAGGUAGGGCUGAAGGAGAUGACAAAGGGCGUAGGCUAAUUGUCGAAUGGUGAAGGGUUUCGUUUAGUUUCGAGAAGUGAGGUUUGUCAUGAGGGUGGGUAUCAUGGUGUAGAAGCAAUCGAUGAGAAAGCACUUUAGAAAGGCGGCAUCAACUUGGUCUCGGGUAGCUAGUCGGAAUAAUCGGGGACUACUUAGAUCGUGGCGAAAAAAAAAAAGGAAUAUCUUUUGUGAAGAGAAAUUCUUUUGCUAGAGAGAAAUCGUCGGAAGACUCUCGAUGUCACAAGCGAAGCGAUGGAAAUGAGAUAAGGAAUAGAGAAGCGCUUGCACUGUUAAAUAUCGUCUUCUUGUUUGAGAAUGUCAUCAACUUCAAUGGCCAAUUCAC